AAACAAGAAACCGUUUAGGCUACAAAUGGGGUACUUCAGUCUGAUAAUUUUGAAAAGGCUCCAUGUCUCCUGGUGAUGGGGUUCCCACCUCCAGCCUUUUCAUGGAGACUUUUCAAAGCUCUUGCAGCCCCGAGGCUCCACCACUUGAAAACAAGGCAGGUCCAACUGAGUGCUGGAUCUCUGGGCUAGACUGUGGGUAGACACAGGAAAAAUAUAAGGGAGGGUCUUUACCCAAGAAACAUAGAGUUCAGAUGUGGAGUUAACUGUGUUCAUUUAUUCAUUGACUCAGGAAUCAAGCCCUACUGUGUGCUCAGCUCCGUGGAAGACAGAGGUAAUUGCUCUGUUUCUGGCGCAACGCAUAAGAUCCUAACCUCAGAGAGGUUGCAGACUGAACAGCAAGCCAGCAUGCAUAAAAAUAAGUAAAAUUCAACAGAAAAAUUUUCAGUUCAGAGAAUGUUGAAGGGGAGUUGGGAUGAUGAGAAAGAAGAAUUGCAACUUAGGAGAUAACAGGGCUACCAUUUAUUAAGUGCUUACGUAUCAAACACUUGAUAUGUUAUGUAAUGCCCAGGAAAGCCUUGUUAGUUCGGUACAAUUUUCAUCAUUCUUGGGUCACAGAGGAAGAAAUUGAGACUCAAAAACAUAAAGUAACUUGCCUAGUUAGCAGGUGGGAAAACUCAACUCAAAUCCAGGUCUGAGGGAUGCCAAAUCUUAGCGGAGUGGGCGAUGGGGGGCUCAUUUAAACUAGAUUGGGUUUGGAGAGUUGGGAGAAUAUCAGUGAAUGGAACUACAAAUACUUAUUGAGACACUAUUACAUGCCACACUCUUGUCCAGGCACAAGGAGUAUGGCAAUUCCUUCUGCCCCAAAUGCCUUCCCCUUACCUCCAAAGCCCCAAAAGGGAGCUGGGAAAUAAAGGGUGAGUGAGAACACGGAGAAGCUAGAGUGGGGAGACAGGACGGGAGGAGAGAAGGGACGCCAAGCCCCUGCAGCCCAUCCUACUAGCACUGCUGGCGGGGUGGAUUUCUAGGAAGAGGAGGGGAUGCAAAGGUACUUGGUCCUGAGAUCUUUGUCCUCUUUGAGGUCUGUUUGCUUAACCUCUUCCAAGCCAGGGGCUGGGAGGGGUGGGCAGGAGAGGGCAUGGAUGUGGCGGAAGCCCGCUGGGGAAAGAGAUUCUGGGUGGGAAGAGAAUGUCUAUUACUCCAGCCCCUAGAGACCCAGGCUCAGGGAUUCCAUUUGCACGGAGCUUCCCCUCACUUGCCAGGAUGCUUCAUACCAAAAACAUUCCAGAAAGCAGGCUCAAAGAGAUGACUCUGGGCCCCAGGGGUGGAAGGCUGGAGCCCUAGGUAUAUUUAGUGCCACAUCAGUGCUUCUGGAAUGUGAAUAACCCAGACAACCACCGGGGGCAACUUUGGGAGACAGGAAAGGGCCUUCAGAAACCAAGACAAGAAAGUCUUGGUCAGAUUUCUCACCUUACCCUCAGCCCUUUCCUGGGGCAAGUCCAUCCAGGCUGUCCCUGAGUGGAAACCCCCUCACUGGGUAGUACCGAGGCUCCUCUGCGCAGAGCGGGGAGACCCCCACGGCAGGCAUGUCAGGAGGAGCCCUUCCCUUCUCCCCAGACCCCAUCCAGUCAGGCUGCCUUGGACCUUCUGAUGGGCUGGUGGGAAGGGGAAAUGUCACUUCAACAGUCCCCCGCAUGACACAGCGCCCACAUCCCACUAGAGCUUCUGCUCAGCUCUGCAAGUCAGAAUCCAGAGACUCACUGACAGCCAGAGCAUGUCUGGACCGCGAUGAACCCAGGACAAAGGGCUAGCUGAGGAGCCUGGGCAUUUUUAAGAGGAGACUGGGGUUGGGGGGAUACAGUUGUAUACAAAACGGACAAAAAUCUCUACCCUUAUGGGGUUUCCAUUCUAGUGGAGGAAGAUAGACAAAGCAAUAGAUAUAAUAAAUAGGUGAAUUAUAUAGUAUAUUAACAGGUCAUAAGCAUGAGGAGAAUGGGAAGGGGACAGGGAAUAACGUUUAAAUUGGGGUGAUCAGAGAAGGACUCAUCGAGAAGGUGGCAUUUGUGCAAAGACCUGAAGGAGGGAGGUGCUAACCACAUAGAUAUUUGGGGGAACAGUGUUCCAGGUGGAGGGAACAGACAAUAGAAAUGCCUUAAGGUGGGAGCAGGUCAGGCAAGUUCUAAAACAGCCAUUGUGGUUUUUGGGCGAGCAACGCGGCGCCUGCCAUGCCGGUGGUGAUGGUUCUGCCGUGGCCCGCAGCCCAGGGACUCCUCCGGAAAUGUUGGGAGCAGCUGCAGCGGAAAGUUCGGCAGAGCCGGCCAGGCUUUCCCAGUCUUCAAUGGGGACCAGCAUUAGCGGUCCAAGGUCCAGCUAUACUUACAGAACCAGCAAAUGAUACCAAUGGAAGUAAGGAGAUUUCCAGCUUCUUGGAGAGCAUCUUUUGGAUGGCAGCUCCCCAAAACAGACGCAGCAUUGAAGUUAACAGGUGUAGGAGAAGAAACCCUCAUAAGCUUAUUAAAGUUAAGAACAAUAGAGACAUUUCUCCUGAAUGUGGUCACCUGAAACAGAAACACGUCCUCUGUGGCUAUUGCUAUGAGAAGGUGUGUAAAGAGACAGCGGAAAUCAGACGACAGAGAGAGAAGCAAGAGGGAGGCCCUUUCAAGGCUCCUACCGUGGAGACCAUGGUGCUGUACUUGGGGGAGACACCCUCCAAGCAAGAUCAGGGCAAGAGGAUCAUUGAGAGAGCACGGAAGCGGCCUUCCUGGUUCACCCAGAAUUGACACCAAACAUGUUUCGAGAGGAUAACUUCACAUAAGACGUUUCUCCUGAAAAAGAGGAAGAUUCUUUGUUUUUAUGUUGGUUGUGUGCUUGUUUUUAAAUCAUCAGCAUAGCCUAAAACAUUCUUUAUAAGCAGUUAGUUUUUUGUGGGUAAUUUGAAGAAUGCAUCAGGAGUAAUGUCUGAAAAUGUUUGUUUAUGCAGAGGCUCAGUGGAUUUAUGUGUCUGUUUCUAUUAUACUAUGAAGUUUUAGUAAACAGAAUUUUCAGGACAGAAAAAUAAAACCUAAUUUAAAAUUCGUAGCCAGAA